AUGACGACGACAUUGAGUUGGGGAAUGAGGAAUCAGAAUGUGACCUGUGAUUAUCUGGCUGAGAGCAGGUGGUCGGAUAUGGAUGAGCAGGAGGAGAGGUGGCAGUUGUCAUCCCCCCAGUUGUACUACACAUCUGUUAGCGUUACGUCGUCAUCCUUAACAACAGUAUCACCACUAUUGUCACGCCAAAUAUCAGCCGCUUAUGCUGCAACGGAGGAGGUAGAUGCAAACGUGAAUGCGGAUGUGGAGGCGAAUAAGGGGGACGUGGAUAUGAAAAUCAGAUUGAUAAUGGCAAAGCUAAAGGAACAGAGCCGCGCUUUACCAUGUACAAAAUUCCCUGGGAUAAUAUGCACUACAGAGGCAGAAGAGGAAGAGGAAUGCCGUAAGAGGGAAAAGUGUAAAAUCUCAAACAAGUGUAGAACUCGGGACAUAAAUGAAUCAGUAGCGACCUAA